UUGAGCUUCCGCCCGCUCCGCCGUCUCCUGGGCGCUCUGUGCUCUGUGGCCAAUGCGAUCGGGCCUGCGGACGGCAUGGCUGCCUUAGUUCUGUGAACCCGGUCUUUCUGCUCGCCGGCCCGCGCUUUCUGCGUUUGCUGGCGGCCUGUGGGGCUUGGGCUCCGCGGAGGAUGGGUCCUCCUCUGGAUGUGUGGGACUUUUCUUCACCUUUGCUGUUGCUAUGGAUGAAUAGGUUCUACAUCUAUCUGGGCUGUGCUCUGGGAAUCACCCUUUGGAUCUGUGUCCAGGUUGUCAUUAAGAAGCAGGUCAUUCGCUCUCAGGAAAAAAGUGUCCCAGGGGCUCCCGACAGCUCUCUUCCCCUUCAGAAGAAGCAGACACACGUGUCUGGAGUGAAGAUUUUCUAUGGAUCGCAGACCGGCACCGCCAAGGGAUUUGCAGUGACUCUUGCCAAAGCAGUCACCUCUCUGGACCUGCCUGUGGCCAUUAUAAAUUUGAAGGAAUAUGACCCAGACGACAACCUGAUAGGAGAGAUCACUAGUAAAAAUGUCUGUGCCUUCCUGGUUGCUACAUAUACAGACGGCCGCCCUACUGAGAGUGCAGAGUGGUUCUGCAAGUGGUUAGAGGAAGCAGCUAAUGAUUUCCGUUUUGGCAAGACUUACCUGAAGGGUCUGAGAUAUGCAGUGUUUGGCUUGGGAGACUCUGCCUACCAGAGCCACUUCAACAAGGUCAGCACGAAUGUUGACAAAUGGCUUUGGAUGCUCGGCGCCCAGCGAGUGCUCACCCGAGGGGAGGGAGAUCGCAAUGCAGUUCAGAGCAAACAUGGCAGCAUCGAGGCUGACUUCACAGCCUGGAAGACCAAGUUCAUCUCUCGGCUGCAGGCCCUGCAGAGUGGGGAGAAAAAGGCCUGCAGCGGGGACUGCAAGAAAGGGAAGUGCGAGACCACCCAGCCUGGCGCAGGAGAGGUGCGCCCUCACCUGCAAGGAGGAUUGCGUCCCGGGGGUGCCGAGGAGGAAGAGCCCUGUGAGAGCAGCAGUGAGGAGGAGUCGGGGGCCCAGGGUUAUCAGAGCCUGAAUUCCCUGGUUGAUGUCGAGGACCUGGGCAACAUCAUGAACCCCAUGCAGAAGGAAAAGAGAGAAAGGGCUCAACAGGAGGAGAAAGCUGGUGUGAAGAGGAACCCAGAGACGAGUGUGGACAGUGAAGGAAGAGCUAUGAUCACGCCUGCUCUCCGAGAGGCCCUAACUAAGCAAGGGUACCAGUUGAUUGGCAGCCACUCUGGUGUGAAGCUUUGCAGAUGGACGAAGUCAAUGCUGCGGGGGAGAGGAGGUUGCUACAAACACACAUUCUACGGCAUCGAUAGCCAUCGCUGCAUGGAAGCCACCCCAAGCUUGGCAUGUGCGAAUAAAUGCGUCUUCUGUUGGCGGCACCACACCAAUCCGGUGGGCACUGAAUGGCGGUGGAAGAUGGACCAGCCAGAACUGAUCUUGAAGGAAGCCAUCGAAAAUCAUCAGAACAUGAUUAAGCAGUUUAAAGGCGUGCCAGGGCUCAAGGCAGAGCGGUUUGAAGAGGGGAUGGAGGUCAAGCACUGUGCAUUGUCACUUGUGGGGGAGCCCAUAAUGUACCCAGAGAUCAACCGACUUUUGAAGCUGCUCCACCAGCAUGGGAUCUCCAGUUUCCUUGUCACCAACGCACAGUUCCCUGAGGAAAUCAGGAACCUCACACCAGUUACUCAGCUGUAUGUGAGUGUGGAUGCUAGCACCAAAGACAGUCUGAAGAAGAUUGACCGCCCGCUCUUCAAAGAUUUCUGGCAGCGCUUCCUAGAUAGUUUGAAAGCCUUAGCUGCAAAGCAACAGCGAACAGUCUACAGACUGACACUUGUGAAGUGUUGGAACGUGGAAGAACUCCAGGCCUAUGCUGAGCUGGUGUCCUUGGGGAACCCCGACUUCAUCGAGGUCAAGGGUGUGACCUACUGUGGCGAGAGUGCAGCCAGCAACCUCACCAUGGCCAAUGUGCCUUGGCACGAGGAAGUGGUCCGGUUUGUCCAGGAGCUAGUGGACCUGCUUCCCGACUAUGAAAUUGCGUGUGAACACGAGCACUCCAACUGUCUCCUGAUCGGACACAAAAAGUUUAAAAUCAGUGGAGAGUGGUGGACGUGGAUCGAUUACAGCCGCUUCCAGGAGCUCGUCCUGCAGUACGAAGAGAGUGGAGGCUCAAAGACGUUCAGUGCGAGCGAUUACAUGGCCAGAACCCCACAGUGGGCACUGUUCGGUGCCAGGGAGAGAGGCUUUGAUCCCAAGGACACGAGAUACCAGAGGAAGAACAAAGCGAAGGACGUUUCUGGAUGCUGAGCUUAUCUGAGUUAAGGAUCACCAAAGACGAGAGCCGCCUGGCCCCGGAAGGGUCUCAGUCCCCAUCACUGUCCCACGGGCAAAGCUUCAUAGCUGUAUUUCACAGAGUGACACCACCAGGCAGCUGGCCUACAGACACAGCACCACCCGUCGGGGUCGGGGACUCAGCUCAGUGCUUCCAACCAGAGCUCAGGCUCUUUUCUGAGUUGAUUUCUGAGGCAGCGGAGUUAACAGUCACCUUUGGAUUUUUCAUAGUUUUGAGUUUUAUUUUAGUAAUUUUCCUAAGUGCUAUCCCUGGGUGUUACACAGGGAAUAAAUAUUUUUGCCUUUUUCUUCUGA